GCCAAUCCCAUACCUAGCAUUCGCCAUCCCUCGUUGCAUACAUUCGCAGUGUUAAACACAAAAAAAUUCGAUCAAAAUAAUUUGGAAUAUCAUAAAAAAUUAUUCGCCUUGCUGAGAUAUAGGAAAAUGCAUUUGCCUGGCCAACUACAGCUAAAGAGAGUGCAUUAACGGAAGCAUUUGGAAACGGAUAGCCUAGCAAAGUGCCAGCGAAGCGACAAUCCCCUGCAAAAUGGAAGAGAAUAUGUGGAUAAUAGAGCUGGAGUCGGCGCUGCUGGAUGACUGCAACGUUAACGACAUCUAUGGCAUUUGUCAGGGCAAAGCACUGCCGGAGGCACUGCGUCCGGACGUGUGGCAGGUGUGCCUGGACGUGCGGCACAAAUCCGAUCAGAUGUCGCUCUUCAACGAAAUCUACGACCUGCCGUUCCAAAGUCAGCUGCGCGAGGACUGCCAGCGCCAUGUCGACCGUAUGGGAAACGACGAAGAGGACAAGGUGUCGGUCGUUUCUGACCUGGAGUCCAUAAUUACGUUUUAUUGCAAAAAUCGGAAUCUGCAGUACGAGCCUGAGAAUGGAUGGAUCGAACUACUGCUUCCUCUUUUCGCAUUGAAACUGAACAGAUCGGAUACCUUCAACCUUUUUGAAUCGAUACGAGACACCUAUAUACCCAAGGGCUGUCGACCCAAAGGCAACGUCUUCCACGUAUUCCGGCUGCUGUUGCUGUACCACGACCCCGAGCUAUGUACCCUUCUGGACACUAAGAAAAUCACCCCGGAUAUGUACUCGCUGACAUGGUUCCAGUCACUGUUCGCCUCCUGCAGCAGCCUCUCGGUGAUCAUUGCCAUGUGGGACUUGUACUUUCAGAACGCCGAUCCCUUUAUGGUGUUCUUCCUCGCGCUGAUAAUUCUAAUCAACGGAAGGGAACAGAUCCUGCAGAUGCGCGGCUCGACGAAAGAUGAGAUUGUCAAGUUCUUAAGCAAUAUGCCUGUUGCAUUGGAGGUUGACGAUGUGCCAGAUUUCUGCUCCCUGGCUCAAUACUACGCGCUGAAAACGCCUACUUCAUUUAAGACGGAUUACCUUAAGGCGCUCUACGGCAAGCAGAACGAUUCGCCGCGAAGUCAGGAGGAGGCCAGCAAGGUGUCGCAGGCCCUGUGCUUGCCCGUUUCCGUUUACGAAUUGGUGGAAAACUCCGCCACCGAAUUCCCAGUGCCGGAUGCAGUGCGCUUUUUCCUCGUCGAUUGUCGACCCGCGGAGCAGUAUAACGCCGGGCAUCUCUCGACGGCAUUCCACCUGGACUGCAACCUAAUGCUUCAGGAGCCAAUCGCCUUCGCUACAGCCGUCCAGGGCCUGCUCACUGCCCAGCGACAGGCCAUCGAGGCCAAUUCGAACGCUGGUGGCGAGCACCUCUGCUUUAUGGGCAGUGGACGAGUCGAAGAGGAUCAGUACACGCACAUGGUGGUGGCUUCGUUCCUUCAGAAGAACACACACUACGUCUCGCUGCUGACCGGCGGUUACGCAUCCAUCCACGAUUACUUCGGUGACCACAUGGCCGACUGCCUUGAGGAUCACAAUGUGCGAAAGUGCCUCGUCUGUCAGCAGCACAAUGUUCAGCAGACUAAAUCCGCGCCACUGAAGGCCUCUAGCGGGCCGUCUUCCUCAGACCUGUUCAGCAAAUUCUCCGCCGCCAUGAAAUCCAAAUCAGCGGAGAUGAAGGGUAAACUUUUGGACAUUAUUGUGAAUCCAAGCGCAAAUGGUGCUGCUGCAUCGAGCGGAUCUAAUGCGAACAGCAACGGCGCACAGGCGACAUUGUCGCAGGAGCGUCAUGUCAGUGCCAAAGAACGAAACGGAAAACGAUACCGCAACGUAGCUCCUGUAUUUAGCAUCGACGAUGAGAACGAGGAUGCUUUCGAUGGUCCAGCGGAACUGGAUGCCCCUCAAUUGGCUGGCGACGGCAAGGAGAUCGUUAAUCUGAACCACUAUUUCAAAACGGCGGAGAUAAUUAAUGCGUUCAAGUGUCAGGAAGUCCACAUGAGCGGCUAUAUGUACGACAGUCAUUUGAUAAUCACUCCCGGCCAGCUGGUGGUUCUCCGGGAACUGGGCCGUGGCCAGGCGCAAAUUAUGGUGCGGCGCCCCUUGGCCAGCAUCGUUAAAAUAACGGCGAAGAAGCGACACCGCGACCUGAUCACCUUUAAGUAUGGCUUUCCCGACGGCGAUGGCCUGCUCAUUACCGAUAUGGAUCGCUUUCUCAUCCCAAACGCUGCCGAGGCAACGGCGCUGGUAUCGCAGCACAUAAUGAAGGUGCUGGACAAGCCCAAGUAGAUGUUCUGGACAUCUCCGAAAUGCUUUUCUUGUUUCCCGCCCCCGCAUAAAGCUUUAUUUCAUACACAAAUACGAUAAACAAACAAAAGUGCAA